UUCAUUUCUUUAUGUUCCAUACGUUCAUCUCUUGGGAGCUGAUCCUUUCGACACUCUUCAACCGAGAAUUAAUGUACCUUCAAUAUUUGUUUGAAAUCAGAAUCUUGUAUUUGCUACUCUAGUUCUCAGCAAACGGGAGAGUUGCAAACUCCUGUUGGAAGAGAUUGUGAAUGAACAAAAACCAUUUGCAUCAACAAGAUCGAACACAAUUUGGCUGGCUGUCGGCAUCUGGGGCAAUUUAAGUCUUAUUGCGCUUCUGCUUGUUGUUUUAACAAUUUGAUUAACAACAGGUUCUUCAGCUUGUUUGGUAAUGUCUUACCUUCGUAUUCUGGGUGGAACAGCUACCGUUAGCUUUAGUCUUUAUGCAUAUUACAGGUUUCGUGACAAUGGAAGACAGAACCCUCUGUUGUCUGUGUCUGCGGCAGAGUCAGCAGUGGCACAGAGACAAAGUAAUCCUUUGCCACCAAGAUCAGACCAAAUCAACUCCUUGAAGAACACACCAGAGUUUGAUGUUUUGGUGAUAGGAGGGGGUGCCACAGGAUGUGGAGUAGCGCUUGAUUCUGUCACAAGAGGAUUGAGUACAGCUUUGGUGGAAUUGGAUGACUUUUCCUCAGGCACAAGCAGUCGCAGCACCAAAUUGAUUCAUGGCGGUGUACGAUAUCUGCAGAAAGCUAUCAUGAAUUUUGACAGAGAGCAGUACCGCCUGGUAAAAGAAGCAUUACAUGAGCGAGCAAACCUGUUGGCAAUUGCUCCACACUUGUCUGCACCAUUACCAAUCAUGUUACCUGUCUACAGGUGGUGGCAGCUUCCUUACUUCUGGGCUGGACUUAAGAUGUAUGAUCUUGUGUCCGGUCGACAGCUUCUCAAGAGUAGCUAUGUGGUAGGGAAACAGAGGGCCUUGGAACUUUUCCCAAUGCUCAAGAAGGAGAAAUUGUGUGGUGCAAUUGUCUAUUAUGAUGGACAGCACAAUGAUGCAAGAAUGAAUCUUGCAAUAGGCUUGACAGCUGUCAGACAUGGAGCAUCAGUUGCCAACCAUGUGGAGGUCCUGUCUCUUCUUAAAAAGAGAGUGGAAGGUGCUGAGGAAGAAAGAGUUUGUGGAGCUCAUGUGCGAGAUUUGAUUACUGGCGAAGAGUUUGACAUAAAAGCCAAGUGUGUGGUGAAUGCAACUGGUCCAUUUACUGACGCCAUCCGUAAGAUGGAUGAACCAACAGAAAAAAAUAUUUGUCAGCCAAGUGCAGGGGUGCAUAUUGUCCUCCCUGAUUAUUACAGUCCAGCAGAUAUGGGACUUCUAGACCCUGCUACAAGCGAUGGGCGUGUAAUUUUUUUCCUCCCAUGGGAAGGAAAGACGAUAGCAGGCACUACAGAUACACCAACAGAACUGUCAUACAACCCUCUACCAAAAGAGGCCGAGAUACAGUUUAUUCUUAGCGAGAUUAGACACUACCUGUGCCCAGACGUAGAAGUUCGCCGUGGAGAUGUUCUAGCGGCCUGGAGCGGGAUUCGGCCCUUGGUUAUCGACCCCAACUCUGAAAACACAGAAUCCAUCGCUCGCAACCAUAUUAUUCUAGUUAGCAAAAGUGGACUGGUUACCAUAGCCGGCGGCAAAUGGACAACUUACCGAUCCAUGGCCCUGGAAACGAUGGAGGCUGCUAUAAAAGCGUGCGGGCUCACACCAGCUAGGGAGUGUCAAACAGACGGACUUUUUCUUGAGGGAGGGGAGGGUUAUUCACCGAAUGACUUCAUACGACUUGUGCAAGACUUUGGUCUCGAAGUGGAGAUUGCGAAACAUCUCUCCCACACUUACGGCGAUAAAGCAACGGAAGUAGCCAAACUUGCUAACAUCACCGGGCGUCGUUGGCCAGUUUUAGGGAAACGCCUCUUAGAGCAAUUUCCGUACAUUGAGGCAGAAAUAAAAUACGCCGUGCAGGAGUACGCGUGUACUGUGGUUGAUUUCCUCGCCCGAAGAACGCGUCUAGCGUUUCUAAACGCGCAGGCUGCCGCAGACGCCAUUCCGAAGAUUGCCGAUAUCAUGGCGAAGGAACUAAAGUGGUCCAAAACCAAGAAGGAGGCUGAGAUAGCAGACGCUAACAAGUUUCUCGAAGCCAUGGGAUUAGAAGUUCUCGACAACGUUCGACGCGUGGAGGUCAAUUUCAAAGAGGCCGAAGUCAAAGAAUACGAAAAAAUUUUCCAAAAAGCCAACAAAUCAAAGCAAGGGUGUGUGACCUCAGUCGACUUAAGGAACAUGUUGAAAACAAUGGGUGAAGAUGUAUCAGAGGAACAUCUCCAUGAAGUCAUAGCAGAGGUGGAUACCAACAGAAAUUCUUGUGUCGAACUGGAUGAGUUUUUGCAGGUUAUGAGCGCUAUCAAGACCGGAGCUGUCGCCAACAAUCGUUUUGCCGUCAUUAUAGAUCGUCAUCAUAAACAUUUGACACGUGAGAUUCCCGUGGAUCGUAGCGGCGGCGGGCUAUGACGUCGUCGGUUAAUUCUUUGAGCCAGUGCGCCUUUUUUCGGUGCCAAAUUACCCCGCGAUUUAUUACUGACCAUUCACUUCAGUGGUAAAGUGCGGUGACCGCGUAAAUAUGUAGCCAAUCAGGCACUUUUUUUCUUUACUGAAAUAAUAGGGAAAUAAAUCAGGAAAGAAUGGAAAAUUAGCAAAUUAUGUGAACAAGGGGAACGAAAUCCUUAGAACAUAGGAUGUCGCAUGAAAGCACCAAUUUCACGUCAGUCGAUGAAAUACAAAUUUUUGUACACAACGUAAUAAGCGUAAAAUUUUACGUGCGACCUACGGUCAUACAAGGGAGGAAGAAAACUGUUUUGUUUCUGAACAAGAAGAGUUUUUCUCGAUUAAACUAUAAUUUUAUUAAUUAAUCAACCAUAAUAUGAAUGGUGAUAAGUUAAAUAGUUAUGUUAUUCUGCUCUAAACAUGCCUUUUUCUCCUCUUCCGAAUAACAAAAGCACAGUUUUUUCUUUUCAUUUGAUUUUGGGCUCUCACUUUGUUAAGAUAUGCUCGUACAUGCAUAAAUUAUAGCAAGAAGAAAAAGGCUAUUUAUAGGUACGUGAACCACGCUAAGCGAGAAGUUGUAUUCUAGUUGUAGCAAUAAAAAUGUCUGGUGUUUUUGUGUUAAA